CUGUAUCACACAACCAGUUAAUUUUUCGUGAUAAAGCCUGGAACAAACGAUUCGUGGCCACACAUCACUGGCGUCCUCUAGUCCGAUUAUCGCGAGUCGCGCGAGCGUCGCGAGUUUUGUUACCUCGCUGCCGGGUGUUAGCAGAUAAAACUAGCUAUGUAGUAUAUACGACAUAGUACCGCUCCGUUCUACCAUGCGUCAAUCGACGCCGGAUGGCUGGUCGUUUCUUUUUGGGACAGACAGUAGCGACGGUAGUAGGCUAAUGGUGGGGACCGUGAUAUUGGGAGACAUGUCUUCUUAUAUAUGGUGGGAACAUUCAACCUCAAUUUAUAUAUUGUACAAAAUUCUGUUUUUUACAAUAAUGAAUGUCGCGAUAGAGCAUUCCCUCUUUGAUUAUUCUCUUUUGAUAAUUCUUUGUAUGAUAAUUGAGAGUAAAUAUGGAUAAAAUAUUGUACUUAUAUGCAUUUUUGUAUUUCUUGAUGCCACUAUGUAUUCCUCAUGUUAUGUUUGGAACAAGGCUGAACUGGCUGAUUAAUCUCAUGCAUUAAUCCCUGAUGCCGGUACUGAAAAACAGGAACAACAGAAAAACAAGCCAAAAUGCCAAAAACGCGGUUGUUUGCACGUUCAAUUACAAACACUCGUCCAGUUAAUAUGACACUCAAUUUGGAGUGCAAUGAGGAACCUCUGAGUGAAGCACAACUGGUGUCAAAAACAAAACUCAAGGAUAAUAUUGAUAGGGUUGCAGCUACCUUAGAAGAGCUAGUUGCAGUACAUGGAGGUAAAUUAGUAUGUCAAGCUGGAGUUGUUAGUGGUUACCAGUAUACAUUACCCACAUCAACAACACCAGCAGUAAUUCAGAAUAAUCCUCAAAUUUUAAAUGUUACUCAAAACAAGAAUCAACCGAUCAAAUUGAAUAUUGCAAAUACAAAUCCAUCUCAAGGAAAUAUUCAAUUAGUUGUUGAUCCACGAUCAAUGGGAGUUCUUUUAGGGCCUGUCACACAAGCUCAAGGCGCACCAACUACAGCCACCGCCACAUCUUCAUCCACUACACAGACUCAACAAGAAAAUCUUAAGUAUACUAGAUCUGGACGUAAGACAAAAGUUUUUCAAGUGCAACAACCUGAAAUCAUAGAAGAGACCUCAACAAUCAAUCGCGUAAGAUCAAAGUCUGGACCAACACAUGUUGUUACACCAAGUCCUGCAGCUACUACCACCCCACAAGGUGUAACAAAUCUCAGGAUAAAGACCGUCAAUAAACAGCAAAUAAAUCAAUCAACUGUCAAACCUGCAGAGCAUACUAGUAUAGGGGGAAUAGCUGUUGGCUGCAAAACUGCAGCUUCUGAACAGAUUGAUGAGACUAAGAGGAAUCAACCUGAUGGAAGAGAAUUCACGUUUAAUAAGACAGCUGGUGGUCGAACUUAUCCUUCUCUAGUAGUGGUAGCAAGGCCAAAUUUACAUAACAAAGACAUCAGUCCACAGAUUACGCAGAAAGAAAGAUCGGAAUUAGAUGUUAAAGUUAAAAGUGUGCUUAUGUUUAACGCCACGAAAUUCGCCGAAUGGUUAAUCCAGCAAGGCCUAGUGAGAUCUGAGCAAUAUUGUACGCUACACACUGUCCAUCAGAAGCCUAAGCUAAAGCUGGGGAUGUACACUGAUCAGGGAACAUUUCCCUAUUCCGGUGGUUACGUCUGGAUAGCCAGCUGUUGUCCAGAUAGAUACGUUUCCGUUUUCUCUGGUUCUAUCUUUCAAGGGGCUCCAUACACACCUACAGUCCUGUUGAAGCUAAUUUAUCAUUGGGCGUGUCAGACCAAUGUACAAAAUGUGAUCUCUUGGGUGAAAGUUACAAACUUAUAUUUAAAAAAUUUUUAUACUAAUAUACGCAGCAUCUGUACAGUGGCGAUUUGGGACAAGAGUCGUAAGAUGGGAGGCAGAAACUCCGUGAUACAAGUUGGUGUAAUCAGUUUAGGCACCACAUCGCAGGAUGGGCAUAUGCGACAGGUAAAAGUGGAGGUUCUUGGUGUCUUGGAUCCUUCUACAUCAGACUUACGUUUGCGCGCUUGUGAGCCAAUGCAUGAUGGAGAGAGAUCGUAUAAACGUCGAUUUAAUAAUAUCUUAAAUCCGCUGAAAGAAUGGGUUCACACAGACUCUCAGAUCAUGACAGAUUUCACCGUGGACAAAAGUACCUUAUUAGACAUGGGUUACAGAAACGUUAUACAAUCUGCAUUUUCCGAGCAAAAUCCAAGAAAUCUCAUGAGCAAUUACUAUAUCAUGGAAUACCUUAGAAGAAUUGUACCCAGAAUGUUCCAGAAUACGCUUAGUUUACUCAGUAGACAAAUGAUUCAGCAAUUUCUAGACGAAUUAGUAUGGAGGGAAAUGUAUGGCGCUACACCGGCACGUGCAUUUAACAACAUUAUCGUGCAUAUCUCCGAGCAAACUAAACUUGAUAUCAACGAGUCCUUGUUAGAUCGACUGGCCAAGGUAGCCGCUAAUCCAUUUUUUAAUUGGUCUUACACAAGUCCACGAUCUACUACGCCGACGUUGCCGAACGAUUCAGUUCCAACAUAUAGCGAUGUAACCGAUGUAGCUGAUGCAUCUCAGGAUACGAAUUCCCCCGAAAUGGUACUGUUGAAACCCGUUUUAAAACGAGGAAGAAAACGCAUUCAUCCUAUAACAAGUUUAGAACCCGAGCCGAAAAGGACUAUGACCGAACCCAAGAAUAAUAAAGAAAAGGAGAAAGAGAAUAAAGGCGAGAAGGAACCGAAAGAACAAAUUCAGCUUCAAGAAUUAUAUUACGCUACAAUGGAAGGUGACAAAGAAUUAAUUUUGAAGGAGAACAAGUCUUUGUUGCAUUUCAAGUGUUUCCUGUGCACGGCGGUAAUGAACUCUAACACAGAAGUGAUGGAGCACAUGAUUUGUCAUGUACCUCCCAAAGUGCCCGGUCAAUCGGAAUUGUCGGUUUGUCGUUACUGUUGCACCGCUCUUUCGUCGCAACACCAGAUGCUUACUCACGUGUUGGAAACGCACAGCAAUUUCGGUCAUUCUGACGGCGUCAUGGUGGUUUGUGCCAUUUGUGAGGAAAAAUUCGGAAAAUGUAAGUCGUUAAUCGACCACUUGUCCUCAAUGCAUUAUCCUUCCGAAAUGCCCUAUCGAUGCGAAAGUUGCGGUUAUCGGACGUCGAGUCAUAAGGACGUUAUAGAUCAUUAUUACAAAGUCCACGAGAAAGGCGAAGGAUUGCAAUGUCCUUACUGUCUAAAGGUAAUACAAUUUGCGAGCGAGGGCAACCCGAGUGUAUCCAGCGUUUACGCUUAUUUAUCGCACAUGCAAAGACAUAUUGUAAGAAGGGAUCAAGGAAGAGGUAACAAAUGUUCCAGAUGUUGCCUUUGGUUUAACCAAAAGAGCUUGUUAACGAUGCAUCAAAGAGAGUUACACGACUGUGUAUCUAAUUCAAAAGUGAUACCGUACACGGCUGGCAGCAGUGGAAUAAUGAUUUUGAAAGAGCGACCGGAGGCGAAACGAUUUGACGUAGGUAGCCCACUUCCGGAGUUACCGCCUGAUGAAAAGAUACAAAGAUGGAAUACUGGACCAAUUACAGUAAACACAUCUGUCAGUCAUUUACCUUGUCAGGAAUGUGAAGAGGACAUCGACGAGGAAGAUCAUUACCCAGGCGAACAGCAAUGUUCACAAUGUCGUUACGUCACCUGUUGUUGGCGCGCUUUCAAGGAACAUCAACAGCAAAUUCACAACGAAAGACCAAAGACCAGUUUGGUCGUGCCGUCUCCUCUGAUCAACAUACCGCUAGGAAAGAAAUUGCAGUGUCCGUGUGGUUACACAUCGACUGACGGCAAUCAAUUAGCAACACAUUUGAUAAAAUGUAAUAGGAUAUCGGCAUAUCCGGUGGAAGACUCAACAUCCUCUGGUAUGCUAGAUAGUUUAGGAUUAGUUCCGAAAACAGCUCCUGAAGUGUGUUAAACAUCUUUAACUAUAGUAACUUUUUACUUCUUCAAUCGUUUAACUCUUGCGUUCUUUAAAUUAAUUAUAGAAAGCUGACAUACGAGACAUCUAAUUCAUACAAUUAGAUUUAACAUGUAAUUUAAUUGUGAAGUGGUAUAUAGACAAAUGUGAAACUGCUAAAAAAGAGAGAGAUAUAUAUACACACACACACACACACACACACAUACAUAUGACUUGUUUUUAGACUGAAAUAUAGAAGUAUAUGUAUUCAUCUUUUUCAAAAGCAGUUUUCCAGCUUUGUAAAGUUAAAUUGAUUAAACAGAUUACAUUAAAAUUCUAUUUAAACAUAAAUUGCUUCUUUCCGAACAAAAUCCAAAAUUUUUUCUUGUUAUUUAAUAUCUAAUUCGUUAUAUCGUUGAGGUUUAAUUAUUAUGUGUUGCGUAUUAAAUUUAAAUGUUUCUUGGAACUCAUCAGUGAAAACCAUUAAUCACAUCAGAAUAAAUAUAAUCUUUUAAUCUAAUUAUUAAUCUAAUUUCUUAUAUCGUGGUGUAUGGAACAUAAUAAAAUUGGGAUAAUGUAAUCGGAAAGAGAUAGCUUCCUAUGAAGAAUAAGCUUUGUGUUAUUAAUUUCUUAAUUAAUAAUUUAUUAAAACUUUUGAGUAUUCUUGCGCGGAAUUUUUGAUUGACGACGUCAGAAACGAAAAAACUCAAAAAUUCUUACAUGUCAUAAUCACUUAAGUAUACUUAAAAAUGUACUAUAAAAAAUUAUCUUUAUCUUUUGAUAGUUAAUAAAUAGCCGUAAAAUUAAUGAGAUAAGUAAUUUUCUUUUCUAACCUAUCUUUCUUCACGAUUUUGUUACAUUCAUUUUAUGGCUAUUUAUUGACUAUCAAAAGAAAAGGAUAGUUUUUGGAACAUUUUACAAGCUCAAGCAAUCUGAAGUGUUCUUUCAUAUAAAUAUCUUUUUAUUUUUAAAUGCAAAGAAUUUUCAGUAUCUCGCUCUUCUGAUGUUACAAUUCAACAUGGUAUUCGCGCGGCGAAUACUCAGAAGCUUUAAAAACAAAUAGAAACUUGGAAAAUUUUAGGAAAAAUUAUUAGGAAGAUUUAUUUUCACAUAAAAAACUGUUUUCGUUUGCACAACUGUCAAUUUUAUAACUUAUAUAUAAAAAAAGGCGUGUUUAAAGCAAAAUACAACUAGGUAAGAGGCAUAAAUAAUUAUUCAUUAUUUUGUAUAUUAAUGUUCUAAGAAAAAAAAUGUAUAUUAUGGCAUUAAGAAAUUUGAAUUCAUUUUGCACAUAAGAAUCAUCAUGUAUAAAGCAAAGUGUUCUUUAUGUUAUGUAAUUAGCAGUAAAACUAAUGUUGUAUUUUAUAUGCACUUGAUGUCAAAAAUAACUACAUAGUAAUAUGAAUUAGUCUAUCUUGUGAUUACAUUAUGUGUGCAUAAGGGUAUUAUAUUAAACAAAAGUGCUUGCAUACUCCGUGUUUUAUUUUCAACCAUCACCUAGAAUUCAAUGUUUAAUCAGAUAAUGGUCAAAGUAAACAUUUCUGGUAAACAAAGGAGUAACAAUAUGAAGGGUUUUAUUAAAUGUUUAUUUAGCAAUUAUAUACGUCUUCAUGUAUGAAUAAGAAACGUAGCAUACAUAUCCAUUUUUCAUAUGUGGUCAGAGGUACGAAUAUAUAAUACUAACUGACGGGAUAAAACGCACGGAAUUAUUUAUCAAUUUAAAAACUUGAGGCAAGUUGAUAAUUAUUUGCGUGUGAAGUUAACAUACAAUAGUCCGUCACUCUGUACUUAUCUUUACCUAUUUACUAAUAAGCUAUUAACACAUUUUUUUUGUUUCUUUCCGACAUUUUUUCACUUUUUUUUUGCAUUUUUAUAUUUUUCAUGUUGUCUGUUAUCAAGUCAACACUAAAGAACUCAUUUAUUAGCAAGAUCUCUCCAAUGUUAACUGAUUGGGGAUUACCUAAUAUACUAUCACUUAUAUCUAAAGAAUCUACCAUUAACAAAAAAGUUAAUAAGACGAUAACGAUAAUAAAAGGAUUAUAACGAUAAAUAAGUUUUAUAAUAAUCUAGUACCUUCCAAUUAUUAAUUGCUAAGAUAUUUGCACAAAAUAUAUCGUUUUGAAUAUCCGGCAAUGAUAUGAAGUGAUAUUUGUGACGUUUUUAGUUUGAUCUUGCGGCUCUAUUGAUUUUAAUGGACAGAAUCUUAUUUCUGUCCGAUGGUUUUGCAUCUUUGCUUGGUCUUUUUAAUCCGCGGGAUACAUCACUAUUUGCGCAACUAUAAAGAAAGAAUAAUUACAUCGUUUUCACGAAGUAUGUAUAUGUCAACUGAUAUGUCACAAUGCAAUCUUUAAUGGAAGGCUGGAAAGCGAUUGAAUUCACUGGGUGAAUUUUACCGAUAUUCGCACAACAGACAUUAAAUGUAAUCAUAUAGUAUACAUGUUGAUAAUACUUACAAAUAAUAUAAGAAAAUGUACUACAUUACUAAUAAUAAUAUUAAUAAUAAUAAUAAUAAUAAUAAUACGGUGAUACCCAAUCUGCCACAAUUAACAUUGAGAUUUGUCGAUAAUAAAUUUUCUCUAAAAUUUGACGGCUUGUCACUAAAUACAGUUCUUAGUGCACAGUAACAAAUUCCGUCAAAUUCCUUCACGUGGGAAGCUUUGUCAGCAGCUUAUAUGCUCUUACAAGAGUUAUUAACAUUGUGCUCAAGAGAAUGAAUCGAUAUACCCAUCGAAAGCCUUUUAUGUACGCGUUCUCUACGUAUUCGCGACUAUAUUUUUGUUCCGUUAAGCCUCUGAAAUUUAACGCCAAGGUGUUACCCGGUGUGAUCGACUGACAUGAGUCCUUUUUCACGCAUAGAGUUCCUCUACAUUUCUUCUCGUAAAAAAUCGUAACAAAAAUAGAAAAAGCCCCUUUUAUCUCUGAUAAAAAAAAAAA